GCUUGUUAAUGUUAAUCAUUUGCUCUCCAAAACUGAUUCUCGAUAUUUUGAAACUCAUUUUUAUCUAGAAAUCCGUAUCCAUUUCAAACUUGAUAUUUCAGUUCAUCAAUCGGAAAAUGGGACAAUCGACUAAUCUUCAAAAAUCAAAAGGUACCAAACGACCUGCUGCCCAUUACUCGGAUAUUGAGUCCGAUGCUGCCACCUUAAAGUCCCAGAAAAUACAGAAUGAGCUAAUGGACGCAAUGCAUAACGUAAGGGAAACAACAUCUGCAUUCUUUAGGCUUUUAAAAGAUUUGCCACCGGGUCUAAGGAGGUUAAAGUCCACCAAGAUUAUAUGCUACGCAACGAUGAAGCUUUUGGGGUUGUCACAAGCUCAACCAAAAAAUGGAAAGGAAGUAGAUCUUGUCUCAAUGCUGAGGCAGGCACUGAAGGAUGAGAAGUUUGAUUGCCCAGAAUGGAUUGAGGCCAUGGAAUGCAUAGUGGAGACCAUAGAACGCAAAUCUGAAUUCAUACGGAACUUUCACAUGCCAAAGGAUGAGGUUCCUGAGCCUGAGGGCGGGAGAGUUGGGGAUGAUGACGUUGUGGCUACAAAUGCUAUUGAGGCUGAACAAGAUGUUCCUGAGGCUGAUAAUCAUGAGGUUGUUCCUUAGUUUAGUUCCAUCCAAUGAUCGUUUUGGUAAAGGAGAAACAUUGGAGGUGAAUGAAGAACAAGAACAGAAUAUUUUGGAUCCAUUAUAAAGAUGACCAGUAUUGUAUGCUUUUGCUUAUUAUAUUGCAAUCAUACACUGAUUAACUUGUUUAACUCAUGCCAUUUUCAAUGUUUUAGACUCUAUCCACUAUCUGCUUUUGUGGAGACACUUUUCUUAUUAGUGUAUCUAAUAGUAGUAUUUUUAUUACUAAAA